AUGCCGUUGAUCACAUACAGUUGGCGAAUGCACUCGUUGAGGAAGCUGCGCUUUGUCGGACUCUUGUAGUCUGGUGGAUUGCUGACGAUGUAGUGAUCGUGUUUGUAGACCACAUAGUAACCAUGGAUGCCGUCGAUGUGACCCGGGAAUGGGGGAAAUGUCAUCAAUUGCUGCUCCUGCAGCUGCUGGUCCGUGUAAUGUACUGGCGAGUUGAAGAUGAAGAUCUGAUUCUGAGCAUCGAUGGGAGACUUCACCACUGAAACUUGCUCCAUUGAGUUGUCCAUGAUGAUUUUAAUGGAUUUGAUUGUGUUGAAAGUGUUGGUGAUGUAUUAUAACAAAGUGUUGCUGACAAAGUCAAGAUGGCACAGUUGUAACGCUCAAGAUUCAGAUGUAACUGAUAAUUUGAACAAAUUAGUGUUGCUGACGAAGUCAAGAUGACACAGUUGUAACGAUGUUGUAACUCUGAAGAUUCAGAAGCGACUGAUAAUUCGAAGGACAUCGCAGUGAGUUUAAAUACAGUUUGCGGUACGUGGAUUAGCCUACAAUCAUUACCUGAUAAUUUGCAUCAAACAAUCCGAGCGCUCUUGAGCCUGUCGUAACCUGCAAGGAUAGGUAAGGACAUGCUCACUUCUAGUUACAAGCAGGUCAAUAAAAGGGUCGCUAGAAAUCAGUGUUCGGAUGUGCGUUCGUUCGGUCGGUCGCUCGGUUUUCCAAGUAGGCCUUUUCCCUGGACUACAUAAGUAGCAGGCAGGUAAAUCGAGGGAACUUAUUUUAUGGCAAAACUUUACACCAAAAAUUUGACAACGCAUUUUCGCGAAUGCCUUCCAAGGAUCGUGACGUUAAUCCGCGGACAGCAGAUGUUAGAGUCGAUGCCUGAUUUAUACCUGUUGACAUAUAAGAUGGAGUGCAAAUGAGUUGCAGCUGUCAGAUCUCACUGAACUAUUAAAGCAUACACACGCAUACUACGAGAGUAAACAUAGAAUCGAGCAUUAUGGGAGUCUCUGAAAGUAAAAUGUCGCCUGAAAAGCCUUUGGCUGUUGUCAAUCCAAUGCCAGUAAUUGAUCUAACAGAUGGCGACGAUGCCAACGAGACGCAGAAUCAGGAUGAACCCAAGUCAAAUGUAUCGCUGCAACUCUUUCACUAUCGCCAGCAAAUGGGACUUAAGCAGCAGUCGGCGAUCAAAUGGGCCUCAUCCAAAUUGCUGCUCACCGAGGAGCUGCUCAAGCAGCAAAAGCAACCGCAACAGAAUGUGACACUAUCGUUGGAUGACUUUGAUUCGGAUACCGAAUGGGCUGAGCAACAAUUGGCCCUGCUAACAGAUGACGAUGAUGAUGAUAAUACCGAGAAUCGAGCUCCGUUGGCUGCACCAUUGAAUAGUGAACUGAAUAAUCUGAUGAACUAUCGGGUCAAGCUACGCAAUACCAUAUUGCAUUUGGCCCAAGAGAAGCUGCGGAAACGUGAAAAGACAAAGGUUAAGCGUUUGAAACGCCGUACGCUCAUCUCCUCCAAGAAGCCCAGUAACAAGGACAAGUAUCGGGAUUAGUUAUAAUGUAUAAUGUAGUUAAGAUAUAGUUUUAGUUUUAAUAUUAGUCUAUGUAUUUGUUUUUGUUUCUCAACGCAAUUAAACUGUCCUCUUGACACUGAUUACAACAAAAAAUAUAUUGCCAUCGCAUUUGUCAUUUGACCAACUUCCAAACAUACAAAGUUCAAUGCGCCCCGUGUCGUUGUCCCUGGGCAACCGCUUAACCCCUAUUGCAUAAUUAAUGUCCCCAAUUGGUAAAUGUAAUUGCGGAUUUCCACUGCAUCCCGACUUCGUUUGGUGUUGCGAGCCGUCAAGGACCAAUGUCCUUUGCACACUCACACACACACAUACCGAUUGACUGACAUUUCUGGCUCCGCUUGCUGGUGAUGUUUUUUAUUUCUUUGAGGGUUAAAAAUACUACUCGAAAUGCUUGGGACUGUGAAUUGGGUGAAGGUGCUUGGCACAUAAAGUUUUGAAUUUUGCUGAGUAAAAUGUGUUCCUUGCUAAAAGUUCUAAAUACUUUCCCUUAUUAUA